CUGAGGUCUCAAACACGGUGAAGUGGUAGGCAUACGUCACUGCAACCAUCCUCACAUGAUGUCAGCUUGCAAGAUCUGUACACCGGGAUAUAUAUAAAAUGAACGAUGUACAUUAGUUACUCAUUCGUUAGUUUGUGCUCAACACGAAUACUAAGCAACAUGCUCAAAUACGUCGUUGUCUUGAGUGUGGUCGCGGCGCUUUGCGCUGGCGCACCCCAGCAGAACCCACAAGACGUGCAGAUCUUGCGUUAUGACAGCAACGUUGAACCCGAUGGCUACAACUUUGCCUAUGAGACCAGCGAUGGUACAUCCCGCCAGGAAGAAGGCAAAUUGGAUAACCCAGAUUCAGAAAACGCUGCUCUCACUGUAACUGGCCAGUAUUCUUAUGUAGCACCCGAUGGCAAACAUUACACCGUGACCUUCACCGCUGGACCUAACGGCUUCCAACCCAAGACCUCCCUUGGCCAAUAAAAAAAUAUAUAUUUAACAAAAUAAGUUCGCUGUAAAUACUCCUUAAUAUAGUGACUUUUAAACAAAAAUUUUGAAUAACAUCUUUCACCAACAAUCAAGAUCUCAGUCAGUCACCCAACACAUGGUCACCCGCGUGUUAACGAAGAGCAUGAGAGAUAAACUAAUGUUAAUUCUUGUGCCAUAAAAAUACCUAUGUACUUUUUUAUAUUUUUGUAAAAACACUUGUGAGUCUACUUUAUCCAGAUAUUAAAAAAAGUUAAUUACAA